CGAAGUUGCAAAGACUUGCUAUCAAUAUCUUAAGCUUAACAUGUAGUACUUCCGGGUGUGAGCGCAAUUGGAGUGUUUUCGAGCAAGUAAUUAAUUUAGUUACUUCUUAAAUAUUUCUUGAAUUUUCAGCUCUAAUAUUAACAAGAUAUAAUGUGAUAGAUUCAUUCAAAAAAGAGAAAUAGAUGCACGCUUUGGUGUAGGUUAAAUACAACAAAAAUUUGUGUGAAAGACGCAAUAUUAAAGAUAAAAUUGAUCUCAUUUUAUUCAACGACAUUGAUGAGUGUAACGAAUGGUUGUUUGGAGAAUUAGAUGAUGUUGAAGUUGUAAGCACGCCAAUGAUUUGGUUUUUGAUGGCGGUACACUAGACCGGGAAACUGGCUUCGGGAAUUGGAGAGUCUACAACAUAUACUAGGUAAAAAUAAGGAGUUUUUCACAUCAUCUAACUUUGUUCGAGGUUCUAAGAAAGACACAAGGACCGCAGCCACAUAAAGAAAAGGAAGAGAAAAUUGCUGACUGUGGUUGUAGAAAGGAUUCAUGAAGAAGAAUUAGAGCAAGAAGAAGAGGACGAAGCAUUUGAAGGCGAUGAGGAUGACUAUGUUGCGCUUGAAAUGUUAUGUAUAGAUUGCUUGACGUCCAACGCGUGUGGCCUGCCAGCCACCACCUCCAUCAGCCACCCUUCUCUAUUCAAGUUAGUUUGUUGUUGUUCACCUCAAAUUAGGGCUUGGGUUUUUUGUAUUCUGUUUUGUGUUAUUGAAAUUAGAGCUCUAUUGUUUACUGAAUUAAUUCUAAAUCAUUAAUUAGAUGAAGGAACGGAAGUGAAAACAAUCAGGGAGAAAUCAUUCAACGCAAAAGUCACUAAAUUUCUAGAGCAUCAUCAAUUACGGACUUUGGAAUGCCAUUCAAAAAAAAUCUUUUCCCAAAUAAUCAAUUUGUUAUUCUUAAGCAACUACCGGAAUCAUCCCUGCCGCUGCUAAGUCUUCAGAGAAGAUUCAGUUGUUCAUCGCAAUCUGAUUCUUCCAACUGGGUUCAACACAACCAAUUGUUUCAAAGGCACCCCAGGUUGCAACUUUUCGAGAAAGGAUGGAUGAAAACACUUCAUCAUCUCAAGCAAUUUGUUGCUUACAUAUUUGUAACGGGUGUUCACCGCAACCCCUUCAUCAUUAGUCGCAUACUCUAUUUGAGCUUGGUUGAGUCAGAAGAAUGUAACCAUACCGAAAAUUCAGAGUUUGGAAUUCAGAUCUUCAGUAGGAUCGAAAGACCCAAUAUUUUUUCCUGGAAUACACUGAUUAGAUUCUUCGCCGGGUUAGAUCCCAUGAUUGCUCUUCAUUAUUACACGAAAAUGGUUAGAGAAAGAAUACUCCCUGACAGAUAUACAUUCACAUUCUUGCUCCAGGCUGGUGGGCCUAGUUUGGAUCUGUUUUUCGUGAAACAAGUUCAUUGCCAUGCGCUGAAAUUCGGUUUCGAUCACAAUUUGUAUGUUCAGAAUUCCGUACUCAGUGCCUAUGCAAUUCGGGACUCGGCAAUGGAUGCACGGAGUGUGUUCGAUGAAAUGUCAAACAAAGAUGUCGUUACAUGGACGAGCUUGAUAUCAUGGCUCGUCGCGCAUUCCAAUUACAUGGAAGCACUUCGAGUUUUCAAAGAUUUGAUGGCCGAUGACUGUCAAUCACAUCCAAAUGUUGUCACCACCAUCUCUGCAAUGUCAGCUUGUGGUGGUCUAGGAUAUGCGAAUCUUACUAAAUGCUUCCACACUUUAUUAGAGAAGGCUGGAUGGAUGGCAACUGACGUUUCCAUUUCUAAUUCCCUGAUUGAUGCCUAUGCAAAAUGUGGAGAUUUAAGCAACGCAACUAGUGUUUUCGAUGAAAUUCAGAAUGUGAAGAAGGAUUUGUAUUCUUGGACGGCCGUUAUCACAGCAUAUGGUAUGCAUGGCCGAGGACUAGAUGCACUGUGUGUGUUCUCUCAAAUGGAUCCACUCCACGGACUUGCACCCGAUGCUGUGACCCUUGUCGCGAUUCUUUCGGCAUGCGCACACUCUGGCCUGCUCGACCAAGGUUUGUGCAUUUUUGAGUUGAUGUGGAGAAGGUACAAGAUUAAGCCUGACCUUCGUCACUAUGGAUGCAUUGUUGAUCUAUUGGGAAGAGCUGGGAUGAUUAAACGAGCUUACAGUAUUGUUGAGAGCAUGCCGAUGGAGCCUAAUCUGGCUGUAUUGGGAUCUUUGCUGAGUAGUUGUAGGCUUCACAAUGAGUUGGAGUUUGGUGAAGCUGUUUUAAGAAAGAUCGAGCUUUUGAAAGAGAUGGGAGGAGCCUCGGUGCUCAUAUCUAAUAUGUAUGCUAGUAAGAACGAAUGGGAUAGAGUGGUUAACGUACGAAACAAAAUGAGAGAUGGAAUGAAAGGAAAGAUUCCUGGUAGAAGUUGGAUUCAGGAUAAAGAUGCAGUUCAUGAGUUUGUAGCAAGAAAUGAUGUUGAUCCACAACUGCACAUGGUACUUCGAAGUUUGGAAAAGCUCUCUACAUUGCUGUAAGUGUUUUAGUAAUGUCCUCUAUUUGAGUACAAUUUUGUUAAGGUAAUAAAACAUCUUGUUCAGACCAGCCAUUUACCAGCAAUUUAGUUGCUGUUGAAAUAUUUGUGUAUAGUGAACGAAAUAGUAGGCAUUCUUUUCUGUUUUGCUUUCAAGCUGAUUGAAUAUGUAAUUAUGUAUACCAACUUAAAGAAAGGGCAAUUUGAUAGUUGAAUUCAUGUUCAAAAUUUUAAAUUCAUGAUCACAGGUGGAAAUCCAUUCCAGAUUCACUACUUAAAUUGUAGUAUAACUGUACAAGUAUGAAGAAAGAAACCAUUAUUUUCUGUUGUAAUUUUUGUUGAGUAGUCGAUUUCAAACAUGAAAAAAGAAACCAUAUUUGUUCAAGACCAAGCUGCUUUUUUUUCCUUUCUUAUUUCCCUACUUGUCCUAGACUGUUGGGCAAGACUGGAAAAGGUACAGUUAAAGGAACAGGUAAUAGCAUUACUUCAUAACUCUGAAUUCUGACAAAACAAUAGAUUGAUUACUACUUCUUCUCUGUAUAUAUAGACUGAAGUUAAGGGUACUCUGAGACCAAAACAUAGAUUGAUUACUAUUCUAGUAAAAAAGGAAUAGGCAUUUUCAAUUGUCCCCGGCCUUUCUGCAGUUUAUAAUAUGUUAUCAUAGCACAG